AUGCAGAGUACCCUGGGGAUGGAUUUCGUCUUCGGCCUGGUGAUUUUGGCCAACGGCGCCAUGAUGGGCAUCACGACUCAGGGCAUUGUUGACGAAGAGAGUUUGGAAGCGCAAGUAUUUGAGAUUGUGUGCGUGGGGAUGUUCACCAUCGAGUUUCUGCUUCAUUGGUGUUUCGAACUUGUACGAGUGAAGCGUUGCUGCCCAAGCCUGCGGUCAUUGCUGCGCGAUUCGUGGGCCAAGUUCGACUUGAUGUGCCUCAUAUUGGCAUGGCUGGAUCUUUUAAUGACGUAUCUGAUUGAGAUUGAAGGUGGAACCUCAGCCUUCGCAGUGUUGCGGGUGCUGCGAUUGAUGCGGCUGCUGCGCUUACUCCGCUUGCUGAAGAUCAUGCAGCAGUUGUGGCUCUUACUAAGCAGCAUGGUGGCGGCCAUGCGUGUCCUUUCAUGGGCCACUGGAAUGCUCGUAUGUAUCUGCUACAUCUUUGGCAUCCUUGUGUACGAGCUUACAAAGGGCUCCUUGGAAUCACGACCUGAUCUCGCAGAGGAUUGGAAUGGAGUGGUCUUGUCCAUGAUCGAUGCUCCAGUCGGCUGGCUCUUCAUGCCAGCCCUUUUUCUCUUCAUGGCCAUCGCCUCCUUGGGGAUUAUCAACCUCAUAGUCGGCGUGCUUCUCACCGCUGUCUUAGAUCGUGGAGAGCAGGACGACCAAUUCGAGAACACGGUCAUGAAGUUGCGCCAGCACCGGGCACUCCGGAGACUUCGCUACGGGCUCUACCUGCACGCAGAAAAAACGCUGGGGGGGACGAAAGGGAAAGACGGUUCGCAUUUGGUUUCCCGGCGAAUUUUGCAGGGCUGGGCACGCGGACCCGACAAUGAGCUCCGCAAGCUCGAGCCGCAGGCUGUUGAAGAGGAGCGGGCGCGGAAUAUUUAG